CAAUACGUUAAUCCAUGGUAAAUUUUGGUAAUUUUAAGUUUGAACUCGUGGUAAUUGGUAAAAACAUCAACUACCUUAUCCAAGAACUGAAUAUGGGAGGGAAACAAUCCUAACCAACAGCCAAUUUGCCAAGCGACUUUCCCCUCCUCAUCUCCAUUGUAGCAAUGGCGAUAGCAACAGCUCUUUCCACCAUUGUUACACCUUCAUCCUCCUCCUCUACUACUUUCUCUCUCCUCCCUUCAGAAAGCUCUUUCGCCCACUUUUCUCUCAAGCCUAAACCUUUCCUCAAAACAACCCUAACACUUAAAUCCCAACAUUUCAUUCCCACUCCCCUCCCUCUUCUCUUCCCUCUCCACCUCUGCCACUGUGCUUCCGCCUUGAGCGAUACCGAAGAACAGAUAACCGAUGAAUUUGAAGAAAACCCAGAUGAAUUUGAGCAAGAACCGGAACAAGAACAAGAGGGAAUUGAGUCAGAAGAAGUUGAAGUUGCAAAAAAUAAAGGGUUAGAUUCAGUUGAUGAUUCCAGGAUUUUUGUGGGAAAUUUGCCUUAUACUAUGACUUCUGAUCAAUUGUCUGAAGUCUUUGCUGAAGCUGGUCAAGUAAAGUCCAUUGAGAUUAUAUAUGAUAAGGUUACUGAUAGGAGCAGAGGGUUUGGAUUUGUUACCAUGGGAAGCGUUGAUGAGGCGAAAGAGGCUGUUCGGCUGUUUGAUGGUUCUCAAGUUGGAGGCCGAACUGUGAGGGCAAACUUACCAGAAGUGCCAAGAGGUGGUGAGAGGAAAGUGAUGGGGCCAACUAUUCGAAAUAGCAACCAGAGUUAUGUGGAUACUCCUCACAAGAUCUAUGCUGGUAAUCUCGGAUGGGGAGUUACAACACAAGGCCUCCGAGAAGCCUUUGUUAACCGAGAAGGCUUUCUAAGUGCCAAAGUGAUAUACGAGAGAGCAAGUGGAAGAUCACGAGGUUUUGGCUUCGUCACUUUCUCAACUGUUGAGGCUGCAAAUUCUGCUCUCACUUCUAUGAAUGGAGUGGAACUGGAAGGACGGCCUUUACGAUUGAACAUGGCAUCUGAUAGAAUUCGCUCUACCCCUGAGGCUAACGUUGAGCAGAGUUAGCCCUUGAAAAGGGAUUUAGGAUGAAAUACCAUCUGACUAGAUUUACUAAGAUGAUAUUUGAGGAACAAAUUUAGAGGAAGCACUCGGUCAAGCUCCUUACUUUUGAUCUCAUAGUUCUUUUUCAAAUACAAGCGGAGUAUAGAGUAUGGCUCUGUGGUGCAAAUGAGGCUAUUCUUUUUCAUUUAAUUUCAUAAUUUACUAUGUGUAAGUUGAAUUCUUAAGGUGAAUACAGAUCCCUUUAUCGUUAGCGAUC